AUGUUGCUUACAGGUACCGGAAAGCCGCGAGUUAUCCUCGGGACCAUGACCUUUGGUCCCGACACCGAAUCAGGUGCUCGUCAGACUGAUCUGGCCGACUACAACAAGGCUCUCGAUUACCUCCAAUCUCAAGGCUACAACGAGAUUGAUACUGCUCGCACCUACGUUGGAGGCAAGCAAGAAGCCUGGACCAAGGAUGCUCGCUGGAAGGACCGUGGUCUGACCCUGGCCACCAAGUGCUACCCUCAUGAACCUGGAAUGCACAAGGCAGACAGCAUCCUCGCAUCCCUUGAUAAGAGUUUAGCUGAGCUGGGAACUGAUUGCGUCGACAUCUUCUACCUCCACGCUCCCGACCGAUCCGUCCCUUUCACCGAGACCCUUGAGGCUGUCAACAGAGCUCACAAGCAGGGCAAGUUCGUCCAGCUUGGUCUGUCCAACUACACAGCCUUUGAGGUUGCCGAGAUUGUCAUGCACUGCAAAUACAACAACUGGGUCCGUCCUACCAUCUACCAGGGCAUGUACAACGCAAUCACUCGAAGCAUUGAGCAAGAAUUGAUCCCCGUAUGCCGUCGCUAUGGUCUGGACAUUGUCGUUUACAACCCUGUCGCUGGAGGCAUCUUCUCCGGCAAGUACAAGACCAGCGAAGUACCUACAGAAGGUCGCUACAGUGAUUCCGUUGGCAAGAUGGGCUUCAUGUACCGCAAGCGCUACUUCAGAGAUGCCACUUUCGAUGCCCUGCGCGUCAUCGAGCCUGUUGUCGAGAAGCACAACCUGACUCUGAUCGAGACGGCAUUGCGCUGGGUAGUUCACCACAGUGGACUCAACAUCAAGGAUGGUGGUAACGAUGGACUCAUCAUUGGUAUGAGCAAACAAGAGCAGCUCGAGGGUAACCUCAAGGAUGUCGAAAAGGGGCCCUUGCCAGAGGAAGUUGUCAAGGCUCUUGAUGAAGCCUGGUUGAUUACAAAACCGACCACGCCAAAUUACUGGCACUUGGACUUAGCCUAUACCUACGACACUCAAGAGGCACUUUUCAAGCCUCAGGCAUAA